ACCCGUGACCCACCCCAUUUUUCCCCUUAGUAGAGAUACAAUAAAUUAACAUUAAAACCAUACAUAGCUUUUCACCACCAAAAAAAACCCUUCCAUUAUUCUACUCUGCAGCACUAUCUUGUGCUGAAUGAAAAACAAAAUAUAGUACAUGUGUUGAGCGCAACUUGUAGAGUGAAAAAUUUUCAGAAAGAAAUCAAGAAAAUGCCAAUGAGUUCGAGUUCAUUUUUGAGGCAACUGAGUGGGAAAGAAGGGUGGAAAUCAACUUCAAGGAGAUGGGGUGGUGGUGGAAACAAUGGUGGAUUUCAUGGUUCAAAUUGGAAGCAAAUGGAGGGAUUAACAAAUGGUUAUAAUGGGAAUGGAGGGUUAGUUAUGAGGAAAAGAGUAAUGGUGGUAGUGGAUCAAAGUUCACAUAGUAAGCAUGCUAUGAUGUGGGCUUUAACACAUGUUACUAAUAAAGGAGAUAUACUCACUCUUCUUCAUAUUGUUCCUCAUUCUUCUUCUUCUACUACUUGUCAUAAUAAUAAUAGUAAUAAGGGAUCCUGUGAUUCAUCAUCUGCUGCUCAUCUAGCUAGUUCUCUUGGAUCUCUCUGUAAGGCUUGCAAACCUGAAGUUGAAGUGGAAGCACUAGUCAUACAAGGACCAAAAAUGGCAACAGUAAUGAGUCAAGUGAAGAAGCUGGAGGUGUCCGUUUUAGUCUUGGGUCAGAAAAAGCCCUCUUCUCUGCUUAGCUGUCUGUGUGGGAAGAGCAGUGAAGAGGAAUUUGUGGAACAAUGCAUCAACACAUUGGAUUGCUUGACAAUAGGAGUAAGGAAGCAAAGCAAAGGCAUGGGAGGAUACCUUAUCAGCACUAGAUGGCAAAAGAAUUUCUGGCUCUUGGCCUAAGUCUUAAUUGAGUUGUUUAGUUUAGGAGUUAAUAUCACUCACUAUAAUUUGGAUAAUAAUUUGUGUAGAGAGCUUUCAGUACUAUUUCCCACGUAGCAUUCCCUGAAAAAAGACUCUUCUGGUCUGUAAUUUUUAUAUAUAUAUCUAAAUGCUAACUGAAAACUUGUUAUUUGUGUGAAAUACAAUAUUGUGUUAUCUUC